AUGGCACCAUCGGCUGUGAUGUUCAUGCUCUCCCAUUCUCUAAUUCAGCAGAUAACAACAAACACUACUCUGCAGAAGCAGCCACAACGGGAACCGCCGUCACCGCCGGCUGUUAAAUGCCUUCUUCUGGCAAAAAACUCAUCAGAAAUUUCUUAUCGUCCGAAGUUAUUAUUUGGCGAUCCUGCUACGUGCAACAAGAGAUUCCAAGACGCUAUUGAACUUGGUUGCUCGUGA